CACGCACACGCACGCAAGACGGACCCGUGCGGCUGCACUCGGUUGGCGCAAGGCAGCAUGGACCUCACGCUCCAUGUUUCCGCGGUCGCCAUGACGACCAGGUUGCCCGCAACGGCGGCAGGGGCUGGUCGUUGAGGUUGCUGGUGAGUCCGGCCCCCGGGCUGCGCCGCAGUCGGCUGGGCCCCGCGCCACAGUGACCCAGCUCCAUCCACCUGAACACGGACUAUGAGAAGAUGGUGGGACAAAAGAGGCGUAAGCCCAGGGACGCGGGCCCAGAGGCGCCCCAGUCUUCCCUCGCGGUGCCGUCGAGGCGGCGCCCGGCCUCCAGGGCCAGGGAACCGGAGCUGGAGCGGGUCAGGCCGCAGGAGGUGGCAAAGCCGCCGCCCCUGCAGCCCUUCCUCCUAGGCGGCAGGAACCUGCCCCGGGGCGCCCGAAACAUCGCGCCCAGGAGGAUCCGAAAUAUGAACGCGCAAAACUACUUUCAAAUAGAAGAGAUCACCGAGGGGCCUCGUCUCAGCCGUUUCCAAUUCCUCCACAGUCUCCUGGAGCCGUUCCUCGUAAAGGUGCAGGGCUUGCGGAGUCAUUGCUUCUCCAAAAAGGCUCUCUUCUGCACAGCUGCCUUUGUGGGAAUUUUGCACUGGAUGCACUUAAUAACACUUUUUGAAAAUGACCGUCAUUUUUCUCACCUCUCAUCUUUGGAACGGGAGAUGACUUUUCGCACAGAAAUGGGACUUUAUUAUUCCUACUUCAAGACCAUCAUUGAAGCACCUUCGUUUCUGGAAGGACUGUGGAUGAUCAUGAAUGACAGGCUGACUGAAUAUCCCCUCAUAAUCAAUGCAGUGAAGCGCUUCCAUCUUUACCCAGAG